UUUUUUUUCUUUCCUCAAAAUUUCUUUUCACUUUUAUAUUUAAUUAAUAUGGACAACGACGACUUAAUCAAAGAGACAAAUCUGAUACCAAUAUCUCAUCUAGCAUUUUCGAUUCCAUUAAUAUUGGCAAAUAUAUUCUCAUGUGUGCCCUUAGAAAAGUACAUUGUUCCAUGUUGUUUAGUAAGUAGAUGGUGGAAUCAACUAGCAACCGAAAGAUUAUGGUAUAGAUUUCAAGGAUUAAAAAAUGAUACAAAAACAGGAUCAUUUGCGAAAUUUUUAAAGAUCUUACAACAAUCACAUUUAUAUUUCGAAGACCCAAUAAAAUAUGUCGAUAAAAGAUCUAUUCAUAAUUAUGGAACAUAUGUUAAAAUAUUGGAUUUGGAAAAAUUAAAAAUAAAUCAAGAAAUAUUAUUAGAUACGUUAGAUUGCUGUCCUAGAAUUGAACAAUUAAUAAUAGGGGGUCAUAGGGAAUAUCGUGUAUUAAAUAGUGAACAAAUGAAUAAUAUAGCUAAAAGGUUACCAGAAUUAAGAUUGUUCAAAUUUAACGAAAUUGAAAUAAACGAGACUAGUGCAUUAGGAGCAAUAGCAGAAAAUUGUUUAUUGUUGGAAGAAUUGAUUUUAAAAAGAGAUAUUUUAUGUGAUGGGAAAGUUUUACUUGAAAUUACAAAAAAUUGUAAAAGAUUAAUUAAAUUAGAUAUUCAGGAAAAAUAUUACGAAGACGAGAUAAUGUUACCUUGUUUAUCAAACUGUCCUAAUUUAACAUUUUUAAGAAUUCAUCAAUGUAUUGCUAUUUCAGAAUUACUGCUAUUGAGUAUUUAUAAAUCAUGUCCUAAACUAACGAACGUCACUAUAACUAAUGUAUCAGAGAUUACAACUGAAUUUGUAAUAGAAACUUUUAAACAUUUCAAAGCCAAAACGUUGAUCAUACAAAAUACGGAAAGAAGUUUAGAAUCUGAAGUCCAAGCCGAUGGACAAUCAAUAACCGUUUGUUUAUAUGAUGGCGAUUUAGGUAGAAUUAUUAAUUAUUUCAGGAGCAAUGAUGAUGAUGAAUAUGUUGAAUAUAAAAUGUCUAAUAAUAAGGAACAACAUAUAUUAAAGGAAUUAACAUUGAUAGAUUUUCCAUUAAAUAAAACUAUACUUGGAAUUAUUUGUGAUGUGAUAAAUCAAUUAUCUAAAUUAGAAUUAUCUGGCAUUGAAAAACAAAAACUCUCAAAAUCUGAUGUAUUGGAAAUAAUUCCGAAGCUGAAGAAUCUUCGUCAUUUUUCAAUUAGAUUUUCUCAUCCCCCUGAACCUUUACUGGAAGAAGAUAGAAAUCAAUUGUUUCAAAAAUGUUCUCAAUUAGAAUCAAUUAAAUGGCAUUUAACGAAAAAUGAAAGAAAAUGAUUAUUUUGGUAUUUAGAUUACGAUGCAUUAGUCAAUAAUCAUAUGAAAUAUACAUUUUUAUUCUUUAAUAUC